AUGGUUAAUCGGUCUGAUAGUUUUAAGGGGUAUUCAAGGCGAAGUAUCGAAAGUCUUCCUGGCAAAAGUGGUCCGGGCGGCGUGUCCCGCGGUGUUUUACAGCGGUGUGAUGGACAAAUACUCAUAUGUGGUGGAGGAGUUAGAGGGGAGUUGAUGCUUGAUAGACAGGAUACUGACACAGGGACACUGAGACACAAAAUCGUGUUUGACAGAGGAGACAUGGACAUAGACGUUGUGUUCAGAGACACUGAAUUAGUAAAAAAUAAUUAUCCUUCACUUGAUGGUUGGAAGAAGCAUAUUGAUUCUAGGAACCCUAGAAUUGAAAAAUGUGAUGGAAUCUUGGAUAAUCUUGUUGGGUCACUUGAUCUGCCAAAGGUCGAAAAGUCUCCCAAGGGGAAGGUUAUGAUGCAAGCUAUGUAUGGAGUAAAGGUUCAGAUAGUAUUUGUAUAUAGUGUGUUUGCAGCGGCUUUUUUAGGCUCGACUAAGAAGUUGAUAGAUUUGGAUGUGGCUGAAAUAUAUACAUGGGUUCCAGAAUUUAAAAGUUUGCAAAAUCUUGUAAAUGAGGAAGUUAGAGUUAGAUUUUCUAGUGGGCGAUUUCCUGUGUUGAAGGAGUUGGAAGCAGUUGAUUCUGCUAUUAAGGAAUUAUACCCUAUUAUCCUUAAUGUGGUGGAACCCAUUGAGACAGAAUUAGAUCUAAAGACUGUUGAGCAAUUAGGCAGAGCGACAGAGAAGCUUUCAAAAGGAUUAGAUCUUCUUGCAAAAGGAGUGAAUGGAUUUUUUCAAGUGGUCUUGAGUGGUCGUGAUGCCUUACUAUCUAAUCUUAGAUCAGGUGGAAUUGUCUAUGGCCGUGGCUCCGGGGGUAAUAUAGGUGUGCAAGCAAUCAAUUGA